GCGGCGGGAGGCGGGACUCCGCGGGGCCGGGACGGGCAGAGGGCGCAGGUUGGAGCAGUGUCUGGGGAGCGGUAGGCGGCCGCCAUGGAGGCGCUUGUGGAUGCCCCUGUGGCUGUCGCCGUCGCCGUGGUAGCUGCGUCUGCCCUGCUGCUGCUGCUGCUCAGGCGGACGGGGCGGGGGGCCAGCGGCCCCGUCACCUUGCAGGACCCGCUGGUGAAGUACCCGCUGCGGCUGGUGGACAAAGAGGAAAUCAGUCAUGAUACUAAGAAAUUCCGAUUUGGGCUACCUUCACCAGAUCAUGUAUUAGGAUUACCUGUAGGACAACAUGUUUACCUUUCUGCAAAAAUCGAUGGUAAUCUGGUGAUUCGAGCCUAUACCCCGGUUUCCAGCGAUGAGACAAAAGGUUACGUUGAUUUAAUUAUAAAGGUCUACCACAAAAAUGUGAAUCCCAAGUUUCCAGAAGGUGGGAAGAUGUCCCAGUACCUAAAUGACAUGAAGAUUGGAGAUACUAUUGAUUUCAGAGGGCCAAAUGGGCUCCUUGUCUAUAAGGGCGCAGGUACCUUUCUUAUCAAGCCUCAGAAGAAAUCUGAAGCAGAGAAAAAGUUUGCAAAGCAUCUUGGGAUGAUAGCUGGAGGAACAGGAAUAACUCCUAUGUUGCAGCUGAUUCGUCGUAUCACAAGUGAUCCUAAGGACUCCACAAAAUGUCACCUUCUUUUUGCUAAUCAGACAGAAAAAGAUAUAUUACUGAGAGCUGAGCUAGAAGACAUCGCCAAGAGGCAUCCUGAUCAGUUCAAGCUUUGGUAUACGCUGGACAGACCUCCACAAGAUUGGAAGUACAGUUCUGGCUUCGUCACUGCAGACAUGAUUCAAACCCACCUCCCUUCCCCCAGCAGCGAGACACUCAUUCUCAUGUGUGGGCCACCACCUAUGAUUCAGUUUGCCUGUCAGCCCAACCUGGACAAACUCGGCUAUUCCAAGAGCAGUGUAUUUUCUUACUAACACUGAUGGCAUCCAAUACUUUUUUGUAAAUUUUCUUGAUCCCUUUUGGACUCUUUCUGCUUUCUGGAGACAGUGGAGAUUGUGGACCUGAAUCCGUUCCCGAAGAAACUGGUGAAAGGUCAUCCGAGACUACUGUACCAUCCACAUUCUCUGUUUCUCCUGGGUUAAGAACAGUAAUAUAGUCACAUUUUAUACUAAUUAUUAAUGAAGUUGUUAUAUUGGAGACUAAUGGUUAAAUGCAGAACAUAAU